AUGAUAAAAAACACGCAAGAACAUCCUAAUAUGGAUUACUUUUCCUAAAAAAAGAUAAAAAACCAAGCAAAUAUGAGUGUUGGAUAAUCAUCCUAGAUUUAAGAAUUGCUUAAUUCCUAAACUUCUCCUAGCUAGUAUAAAACUAAAAUGAUUAACAAUACCUAGAGAAUAGAAGGUAAAACCUUUAGGCCAUCAAAUAUUUAGAAUGAUAAUAAAUUCUACUCUUCAAGGUUUAAUUUUAAUUAAAGAAAGUUCUCAGAAGGUUAUGACUCUAGUAGACUUUAUUAAAAUAGCCCAAAUAGGUUAUUUCAUUAAAAUGAUGCUAAAUAACAUAUGAAAACUCAUGCUUCAAAGAUGUUUCAAUAAGAUACAUCCAAGUAGUAAUUGCACAUAACUUAAAGAGAUUAAAAUGAAAUAAAUUCUCCAAAAUCUAUUUUCAGCUAUGUUUCUAACUAAGAAAAUAAUUAAAAAACAUAACAAAAAAUAAACUCAAAGAUAGUCAAACAAUUAAGAGAUGCUAUAAAAAGAACCAAAUAAAAUUAAAUGGAAGAGUAGCUAAACCUAGACGAAUAAAAAUAGCUUGAAAAAAAAAUUAAAAAAGAGCUACUUCCUUAAAUCCUAAAAAUUCAGGAAUUAAAUUUGGAAAGUGAUGAUAAAGUUGUAAACAAUUACAUUUAGCAAACAACAGGAUUUAAAGUUAAAAAAAAAAAUUAAUUUAAUUCUUUUGAUUUCUAAAAAUAAUUUUCAAUAAAUGAAGAAGACAAUAAAAUAGAUAAGAACAUUAAAUACUAAAAGCAAAACAUAAGUAUAGAGUUGCUGAUGAUAUUAAAAUUCAUUCAAAAUAGGCAAGAAUACCUGUAGACUCUUAAAUACAUGAAUAAAGAUCAGGCAAUAGACAAGUUGUGUGACUUGCUUAAACUAGCAACUGAGUUAGAUGAUAUUGAUUUAUUCUUAGAUGUAAUGGAUAUGAUGGUUUAAACUUGCAUCAUGUUUUCAGAUUAUAGACUAGCUCUAAUAUUUCUCACCACUAUAAAAUCAACUUGUGAGUUAACUCAUAAUGUGGUCAAAAAAAUUGCUCUUCAUAGAAACUACUCAUAAGUUUGUAAAAGGUUAGGAUUUUAUGAAGAAAGUUUAAGAUUUCUUAAAAAAGCACUGUAAUAUAUUUGGUUUGUAGAUGAUAAAGAUUAAGAAGUCUAAUUGUAUGAUGAUUUAGGUUUAGUAUUUUUUCAUUUAGUUUAAUUAGAGAAAGCUAAGACAUUUCAUGAAAAAUCAGUUUAAAGCUUUAAUGAGCCUAUUGACAAUAUCCUUAGAGAAAUGAGCUCAAGAAAUAUUUUAAAAUUUAUAAAUAGCUUUCCUCUAUCAAAAAAUUUGGAUAAUACAGUACUUCUCAAGCUCAAUUAUUUCCCUUUCAAAAUAAUAAAAAGAGAUUUAAUAGAUGGAAGUAUAGAAGCACAUAUUGAGAAUAAUUAUUUGAAGAAAAAUAAUUUGAAAUUAGUUAAAAAUCUUAGUCAUUUAAAUUCUGGAUUAAGUGAAAUAUAUUUAAUACAAUAAGUACUUUAAUCAAAUGAGUUUUUUAAUGAAAUAUCUACACCUCUAUCUAAACCUCUUGAAUUUUCUCCUUUGGAAUUUAUAAGAAUGAAAAAGGUUAAUGACCAUUUUGUUUGCGUUGAAGAAAAAGAAUUAAAAAAAGGCAAGGCUGAACCUAAAUUUAUUUUCCCUAAAUAAUUUAAAAAAACUCAAAAUACAACAUUCUAUUUGGAUGAAGAUAAGAAAAAAAUGGGAUUAGAAGAUAAAAUUAAAUUUAGAAUGAAACAACUUGAUUAAGAUUUAAAGAAAAAAAACAAAAUUUAAACAGCAUCUGCAGAGUCUGUAAUAAUUAGGAAAGAAAACUUAGAGGCUAUAAAUAUAGGCCAUUUGACUACUAACAGGAAUGCUGAAGCUUUUACAUAAGCAGUUUGUAUAAACUAUUAGCUGCCAAACAAAUUUUAUGAUAAAAUGAUUUCUAUUUAAUACAACAAACAUAAUAAUUAAUUUCAUUAAUAAAAUGUAAGCUGA